AUGGUAAACUGUUUUAAAUUUAUAAAUGAAAUUUUGUUAAAAAAAAAAAAGUUAUGUUUAAGAAAUGGUAUAUUUGAAAAAAGGAAGCAUUUAUAUAGCAUAAAAAUUAUUGAUAAAUUAAAAAAUAAAGAUGUAAAAAUAUACGAUGAUUCAAUUAAAAAAAAAAAAAAGAUAGAGAAAGAAAAAGAUAAAUUAGAAAGUGAAGAGAAUAAUUUAAUGAAUACGAAAAAUGAUUUAUAUGAAGUGAAUAAAAAUAAAUCCAUUUUUUAUGAAAGCGAAAGAAUUAUUAAAUGUGUAGGUGGUAAUGGUGGAGAUGGAGCUAUAAGUUUUAGAAAAUACAAAAGAAAGGUUUUCGGGAAAUUAGGAUUACCUAAUGGUGGUAAAGGAGGAAAUGGAGGGAGUAUUUACUUAUGUUAUUCAAAUAUAGAAAGACAAAAAAAGAAAUCAAAAAAAGUAAACGAUGAAAAUAGACAUAUUUAUAUUAAUAAUUUAAAUGAAUUACCUUGUGUUUUAUCUGCAACAAGUGGAGAAAAAGGAAAAUCAAAUCAACUGAGGGGAAAAAACGGAAGUAAUAUUUUUAUUUAUUUAAAUAAGAUAUGCCAUAUUUAUAAACUUUUCUCAGAUGCAGAUUCAAAUAAUAGUAAUAACUUAAAUGUACAUGAAAAAAUAUCAAAUAAUAAUUCAGAAAAUGAUAACAAUAAAAACAAAGAAUUAAAUAAUUGUAAUAAUUUGGAUAAUGACUUAAUAAGAAGGAAUUUCGCACAAGAAGUUAGAAAUGAUUUGAAUAAAAAAGAAUUAAUGAAUAAUAAUUUAAUAAAAAAUAAAUUGAACGAAAUUGCGAUUAAUUAUAACUCUAAUUAUGAAGAAAAUGUUUAUAAUAUUUUAAAAAAAAAUGAUCCUGUGUAUAUUAAAAGAAAUAACCAUAUAUUAAAAGAAAUAGUGAGUUUGGAUAAAAAAAUAACAAAAGAAAUAUAUAUGGGAUUUUUAAAUGAAGAUAAUGAUUGCAUAUUACUCUCAAGAGGAGGAAUAGGAGGAAGAGGAAAUAAUAUGAAAAAUACUUUUUCUUAUGAAAAGGGAGAAAAGGGAGAAACUAGUUUUAUAAAAAUCCUUUAUAAAUGUAUAAGUGAUAUUUGCUUUAUUGGCUAUAGUCAGUCAGGAAAAUCUACCUUGUUAUCAUUAAUUACUCAUAAAAUAUGUACAGUGAAUAAUUUAUAUAUAUUAAAAAAAAUUUAUUUUAAAGACAACUUUCAAAUAUCGGUAGCUGAUUUUUUUAAUUAUAAUGAUAAUUUACAAAAAAGGAAAAAUACAGAAAACAUACCUUAUUUUCGUAUUAACCAAAAUUUAUUUAAUUAUUUAGAAUUAACACAUUUAAUUGUUAUUGUUCUUGAUUUUAAGCAUAAUUUGAGUACCCAGUUUUAUAAUAUUAGACAGGAGUUAAAGCAGAAAGAUGAAAGGAUUUAUAAAAAGCCAUUUAUUGUUGUUAUUAAUAAAUGCGAUAUAAAUUUUAAAGAAAAUAUAAUGAAAGCUGAAGAAUCUUAUAACGAGAUAAAAAUGUAUGAUAGUAAUGUUUCCAUCUUUUUUAUUAGUGCAAAAUAUGCAAUAGGAAUAAAUGAAUUCGUUAGCUGCUUAAGAUAUUCUAUACAAAAAUUAAAGCAAAAAAUUUAA